AUGACUUGGUCAUAUUUGACUAUUCUACUGUGCUUUUAUGCAUUUAUUAAAGAGAUCAAAGUUGCCGAGCCUUUUAUAUUUAAGUAUCAAACCGAAGUGUUAAAUAUUGAGAAUGCGCAAUUGAAUGGCGAGGUAUACCCCUACUUCACCUACUCAUAUCUGGUUUUUUCAAUUCCAAUCUUUCUGUUAACUGAUCUGCUUUUGUACAAACCGACAAUGAUCGUUGAGAUGAUCGGCCAAAUUGUCUUCCGGAGCACUUUGAAUUUUGGCGUAAGCGUCUUCUCACAGCAAAUUGGACAAAUUACCUACGCUCUGGCAACUUCUAGCGAAAUUGGAUUUUUUGCAUAUAUCUACGCUCGCUUAGAAAAAGAUCAGCACAGAAAGUUAACGAGCUGGACAAGGGCAGCAACUAUGGGGGGAAGAACGUUUGGUUACUUUAUGUGUCAAACAAUUAUUUUGACUAGGAUCGGAGAUUACGUGACUUUGAUUCGUAUAGCCUUAGUUUUCCCAUGUGUUGUUUUUCUAAUCUCUCUGUUCCUACCCCGUGUGCGCUGGAAAAAGAUGGCUAAAAGGCUAUCUGAAGUAAAUGGAAGUGGAGAGCCACGAAGUACACAAGGCCAAAUGACAGAAAGCUGCACCAUCCCAACAACGUACUCUGCUUACUUGAAAGGUCGACUGUACAAAAUGACGUCUGAAGUUAUAAAAAUUUACAAAAUCGGGCACAUUCGUAAAUGGUCACUAUGGUGGGCUUUGACUACAUGCAUGUCAUUGCAGGUUAGUCAAUAUGCUCAAGCGAUCUGGGGCGAAGUGCAACACGGUGCUUAUAAUCCCUUCAAUGGGUUUGCUGAGGCAGCAUACACAGCUACAGCAGCGACAGCCAUUUUGGUCAUGAGCUUGAUCCGCAUCGACUGGGACAGAUGGGGUGAGAUAACACUUGUGCUUAUUUCUAUUAUCGAUGCUUCUUGUUUGCUCAUCAACGCACAAACCGAAUCGAUAUACGUCAUGUAUGGCUGUUACAUUGGCUAUCGUAGCCUAUUUCAGGUUAUGAUAACUAUAGCCCAAUAUAACUUAGCGCAGAAGAUGGUAGGCGAAUCAUACGGUCUUGUAUUUGGUCUCAACUCGUUUUUGGCACUUGUUUUACAAACGAUUUUAACAGUAAUUGUCAGUGACAAGCGCGGCUUAAGCUUACCUCCAAGGCAACAAGUACUUUUUUAA